AUGAACAUAGAGACUGUCAUUAAGUGUGCUAUCAGUGCGCUUCUUGUUGCGUUCCUUGUUUGUACACACGAGGCGCCAAAAGCAACUGUUCGCUUUGCUACCACCACAAACCUCUCUGCGAAGCCUCGGAUCGUGCUGGACACUACGAAACUCGGCUAUGGGUAUUGUCACUCUUCCCCUGCGGACAUUGACGAGGGCACUACAUCGCUCCUUGAGAUCCUCAACCGUAUCACAGUGUCUUCUUACUUUCGUUAUUUCAAGGUCAACAGUGCAAAGCCUUGCCCUUACUGGGCCGUGAGUCUUUUGUGCACCAGCACCGAAAACACCUGUGAUGUGUGCAAAUGUGAUGAGAACUUGAUCCCGGAAGCCCUACGUGCCAAUGAGGAUAUGAGUGAACUCAACACUCCUGAUGGUAGCAUCAUGCCAGCGGUUCUUCAGCCCAUGAACCUGGACGACUGGGGAGAUUGGUUGAAAAUGGACGAUGGGGCGGAGUACGUGGACUUGGUGUCCAAUCCUGAGGGCAACACAGGCUACUCUGGCCCUCUUGCAGUGCAGGUGUGGCGUGCCAUCUAUGCCGAAAAUUGCCUGUCGUCAGACAAAGACGAAGCAUGCCAGGAGCUGUCCAUUCUCCGGACACUCUUGAGUGGGCUACACAUGUCUAUCAACGUUCACGUCUGCACCAGCUUUUACAAGGACCCCGAGCUCGCUUCACCUCAACACAGCGCUGGCAUUUACAACAAUCCAAACAUAUCGUUCUAUCCGAGUUGCGAGAUGUACAACAAGCGUGUUGCGGCGUUUCCUGAGUUUGUGGGUAACUUGUAUAUCCUUUAUCAGUUUAUUCUUCGAGCACUCGCCAAGGCGAGGCCGUUCUUCACAAAUGAUGUUAGUAUAUUUAACACAGGUCCUAGGGGUGAAGCGACGCUUGCUGAUCUGCAGCUUCAUGCAAACAUCAAAGAGCUGUUCGACUCACGACUUAUCUGCUCUCCCACUUUUGAUGAAGGAGCGUUUCUUGAGUCUGAGAAGGGUCGGUCCCUGAUACCACAGUUCAAAUCAAUGAUGCUGAACGUGACACGCCUGAUGGACUGUGUGACGUGUGAAAAGUGUCGGAUUUGGGGCAAGUUGCAGACAAAAGGCAUUGCGGUGGCCAUGAAGAUUAUAAUGAACCCCGAGAAUGAACGGAUCAGUUUGGACAGAUCGGAGAUGGUGACCUUGGUGAACCUUGCUCGCCAGUUGGCCUUUUCGGUGCGCAAUGCACAGCGUCUUGGUACUGUAUGCAAGGAAGAUGCUUAA